AGCAAUGCUCAUAGACUCAGGAGGUUCGAAGGAUUUUUUAAGUACUGCUUUGGACGCCGUUACCAUACGCACUUGAUACGCACACAGUCGCUUAUUUUCGAAGCCUUCUAGUCAGUUCAUCGCGCGAAUUCCAGAUUCGUCGUUGACGUGGCCAUCGCCUGUGAUUCUCCACGCUGCAGGCUGUCCAACGCCCAUCGCCUCUCCAUCAUGGCUUCAUCCAAGGAUGCCGCUUCCAUCUACGACUUCACGUGCCUCGAUAUUGACGGCAACGAGGUGCCGCUCUCCAAGUACGAAGGCCAGGUGUGUAUCAUCGUCAACGUGGCUUCCAAGUGAGGCCGGACCCCGACCAACUACCGGCAGUUGGUCCAGCUGUACGAUACGUACAGCGAGCAGGGUCUCAGAAUCCUGGCCUUCCCGUGCAAUCAGUUCGAUAACCAAGAGCCGGGCACGCCGAACGACAUCAAGAAGUUCGUCGCGGGGUACGGCGUCAAGUUUGACAUGUUCACCAAGGUUAAGGUGAAUGGCUCUGGAACAGAUCCACUGUGGGUGUACCUGAAGAGCAAGCAGAGAGGGACGCUGGGCAACUUCAUCAAGUGGAAUUUUGCGAAGUUUGUGGUGGACCGCAAGGGCCAGCCGGUGGCGCGGCUCGGGCCCGGCGAUGACCCGAUCCCUGCUGUUGAGGAUGCUGUGAAGGAGCUGCUCUGAGUGACCUGAGAGAGCCUCCGCCGCCGCCGCCGCCGCCACGCCCGUCGGAUGACGUCUCGACUGGAAACCUGCUCCGCGGGUCGGCCGGGACUGAGGAGAGACGGACGGGGUAGCAGCGGCGGCUGGGGGCCUCCACUCGAGAUACUCUCAAGGUAAACGGCUGUUUAAAGGCAUCGGCAGAAAGCAUAGGCUGCUUGGUAAUUGUGCUCCUGAUAUUCGGGCUGUUGCACGAGCGAUGUUUUUGUUCUUUGUACGGUCCCCGUGUUGUUAGCAGGAAUCAUAGCUAUGUUGUGAAGUAUUUUCCUCAUACCAACAAAAAGAUGAGUUUUAAGCUGGCCAAACCUAUUUUCAACGGAAUGGCUCAUUUGUAAUUGCGCUCGGUUAAUAAUCGUCCCCAUUUCUUGCAUAAUUAAUGGUCUGCCCAUGCGAUCAUUUUCUUUUUUCACAAUAAACUCGGAAAGGUUAUGCAGCAUA